AUGGUCAAUGCUAGGUGCCCCAAAGAGAAUGAACCAAACAGGUUGGCAAAAGAGAAAGUUAUGUAUGAAAAAGAAGCAAAACAGCAAGAAGAAAAAAUUGAAAGAAUGAAAGCUGCAGCAAGUGAUGACUAUGGAAUUAAAAAGCAAAUUGAGAUCUUGCAAGAAUCUCGAAUGAUGAUUCCAGAUUGCCAACGCAGAUUAGAAGCUGCACAUGCAGAUCUUACUCAGCUAUUAGAAAAUGAAAAGGAGUUGGAAGAAGCUGAAGAAUUUAAAGAUGCACGUUCAGUACUGGAGUCAGUGAGGUUGGAAGCUUAGAUGUUCUUCGCUACUGUCUUCAUGCAUUAGCACUGGGUCCAUUCCACACUGAGGUUGAUCACUGCUGUAUUAUUUGAAAUAGUAUAAGAAUGUUGACUAGCUGAGAUUCCCUUUAUGCAAUUGCAAAUGACUGGCUUUUCUCUAACUUAGACAGCUAAUAAAUUACUAUCUGAUAA